AUUUCUGGUCGACAGCUUGUAUGGUAUUUCCGUCCGUGUCUUUCCUGCAGUGUAGUGCAAAGGUCUUUUAGCUCCGCUAUAGGAUCUUUGGUGUAGUGCGAUUUCCCCUGGGCCGGCCUGGUGCUGGUGGGUGGUUUGCAGGCGAUGAUGAAGGUGGUCGCUGCUCUUGCAGCGCUCGCUGGCUGCGGUGCCCGGAACGUGCUGCGGGCGGCUCGAGAGCCCGGUCAGCGCGCGCUGCUCUGCCCAGAUCCCCGGGCUCGGGCAGCGCGAGGCGACCACGCUCCCGGGCUCAGGGUCCGGGGUUCCCGGGACUGCAGCAGCGAGCAUAUGGAGAGGUGCACGGCGGAGGAACCAGGUUCUAUUUACCAGCCAGUGUUUAACAUUGAUGUUUUGGUGGCUUUGUUACGCCAAGAAAAUGCCAACGAAAUAUGCGUUAUCAAACUUCCUACAGAAAUAAAGUAUGCUGAUUAUUUUAUUGUUGUAAGUGGAACUUCUGCAAGACAUUUACAAGCCAUGGCACAGUAUGCAGUAAAAGUGCAUAAACACUUGAAGAGAGAAGAGAAUUACCAUGUUCACAUUGAAGGGAAAGAUACCGAUGAUUGGAAGUGCAUAGAUUUUGGGAACAUCAUUGUACACUUUAUGCUACCUGAAACCAGGGAAAUCUAUGAACUGGAGAAACUCUGGACUUUGCGUUCCUACGAUGAUCAGUUGGUUAAAAUACCCUUGGAAAUUCUUCCAUUGGAUUUUAUAUAUGAACCAACCAAUGACUUGGAGCAAAAAUAGAGCAACUUCAAAAGGACUGAAAUACAGAAGAAUGAAAUGGUCUUGAACCACUGUGCUGUGACUCAAUGACAGAGUGGAAGAAGAAUCUGUUAAGAGCAAGAUGAAUAAAAGAGGUUGUUUUUUUGAACGAACUGUGAAUUGAACACAUCUAAAAACUAAAGUUGUUGUAUAAUUUAAAAAUUCACAAGGGCCAACUGAGUGACUUGACAUAAACAAAAUAAACCUCUCAUGAGAUAUA